AGGGGAAAAACUAAGAAACCCAGUCUCCCCAUCACACUCACCUCCUUCUCAUUUCCUGAGGAGAUUGGGCAAGAACCCCCCAAGAACACCCCUCCUCCUUCUCAGAGGGCCCUAGACUGAGGCCACAGCUCACAGGAGCAUCCAUUCUGUCUGCUUGAACCCAGACUCUUGCCCCCACUCCUACCUCAUCUUCGGCUCCUCCAGGGACUGCCAUGGACUCAGCAACCAAGGACGAAAUGCAGCCCUCACUUCCCCCUGGGCCUGAGUGGCCAGAACAGGAGAGGGCGGAGCAGCUUGCCCGAGGAGCAGCGCUCAAAUGGGCCUCGGGUAUCUUCUACCGGCCGGAGCAGCUGGCCAGACUGGGCCAGUACCGCAGCCGUGAGGUUCAGCGUACCUGUUCCCUGGAAGCACGCAUCAAGUCAGUGGUGCAGUCCUACCUGGAGGGUGUGAAGACUGGCGUGUGGCAGCUGGCCCAGGCUUCUGAGGCCGUGCAGGGAGCCCGUGAGGCCCUGGGCCAGGCGCAUGGGUUGCUACAGGGUAUGGCAGAGACCACGCAGACCCUGAAACCGCUGCGGGAACAGGUUGCACAGCACAAGCAGCUGCAGGUCCUGUCUCAGCUGCUGCCCCGGCUGUGGGCAGUGCCAGCUGCAGUGGCCCACACGCAGACCCUGAUUGAUGCCCAGCGGCUCUUGGAAGCAUAUGUGUGUCUUCGGGAGCUGGAGCAGCUGCAAGAAGAGACAUGGGCCCCUCUGGAAGGCCUGGAGUUGCCAGUCUUUGAGGGGCUGGGCCCUCUGGCUGAGGCUCUUGGCCGGGCGGUGGAAACAGCUGCAGGGGCCGCAGGGCAGCUGGCAAGGGAGGACCCAGCCUUGCUGGUGGCUGCUGUGCGUGUGGCGGAGGUGGAUGCUGGGUACAUGGCCUCCCUGGAGCUGGCCCCCAGGGACUGGCGGCAGCGCUGUCUGCAGGCAUUACAGGAGGGCCUGGAGAGGACCCACUUUGGGACACCUCUUCUUCCUGAGCCAGGGGCCCUGGCAGGGUGGCUGGAAGCCCUGCGGGUGGCUUUACCAGCCGAGCUGGCCAUAGCUGAAGCACUAGUAGCACCCUGCUGCCCACCACACUACAAAGUGGUCCAGCUGUGGGCCCACACCCUGCACAGUGGACUGCGCCGCUGCCUGCAGCAACUCCUGGAAGGGCCUGGACUAGGAGCUGCUGAUGCCUUCACCUUGCUGCACUGGGCACUGCAUGUGUACCUGGGGCCAGAGAUGAUGGGGAGCCUAGAGUUGGGGCCUGAGGCUGACGUGUCUCAGCUGGAGCCCCUCCUGACCCUGGAGAACAUUGAACAGCUGGAGGCAACAUUUGUGGCCCAAACUCAGGCCAAUGUGACCCAGUGGCUGCAGAGGGCACUGGAUGGGGAGGUAGCUGAGUGGAACCGAGAGCAGAAACCUGGCACAGACUCUUCUGGCUUCUACCACUCACCUAUGCCGGCCAUAGUGUUGCAGAUCCUGGAAGAGAAUAUUCGCGUGACCAGCCUGGUCAGCGAGUCACUGCAGCAGCGGGUGCAUGGCAUGGCACUAUCAGAACUGGCCACAUUCCUGAGGAGCUUUAGUGAUGCUCUGAUCCGAUUCUCUCGAGACCACAUCAGUGGGGAAGCAACAGCUCCUCAUUACGUGCCCUACCUACUGGCCACCCUCAACCACCAGUCAGCACUCAGCUCCUCCGUGUCAGGCCUGCAGCCCGAAGGGGCUGCUUCGGGAGCUUUGGCUCCGGUGGGGACAGCGCUGGACGAGUUACAGAGGAGAAUUUGCCGUCUGGCGUUGGAGGCACUGCUGGCAGAGCUCCAACCCCUGUUCGCGGCUCUGCCCUCACGCCGGUGGCUGUCGAGCCCAGAGCUACUGGACGAUGUGUGCGAGCGGACAGCGCGCUUCUGCCAGGAGUUUAGGCGCGUGCGGAAUCCUGAGGCCCAGCUGCUCCUGGCGGAGGCAGAACGUAUGGUGGUACUGCAGUACCUACGUGCGCUGAUGCAGGGCCGCCUAGUGUGCCGAGGAGCCCACGAGAGGACCCAGGUGGCCGAGCGCCUGCAGCACGACGCGGCCCAGCUUCGGGAGCUUUUCCUUGGUUUGGGCCUGGAGGAGAGUGUUCAGUGCGCACCAGUGCUCCUCGCUCUGCGGGAUCUGUUGAACCUCCGCGACCCCAUGCUGCUUGGCCUCGAGGUGGCGGGUCUACGACAAAAAUUUCCCGACGUGAGCGAGGAUCAUAUCUCUGCCCUCUUGGACCUGCGCGGGGACGUGUCGCGGGAGCAGCGCCUGGCCGCACUCAGCUCCUUGCAGGCCGGCCCGCAGCCCUCGCCCUCUGCCGGUCGCCGCGCACUCUUCAGCCUCGUCCCAGCACCUACUCCUGCGCUGUCCUCUUGCCUUCCCUCGGGGCCCUGUGCCUGACGCCCGGCUGCCCUCCGGAUACAGGGAUGGCCCCCAGAGGCCUGAAUUGUGUAUUGGAGAAGGGGGUAUAAAAUAAAAGUGCGACGAUUAGGGGGUUCACGCUCAGUGAAACGCCUAAGGUA